UUCCAUUUCCGUCCGGAACAUUUUCCUUUGUAAUUUGAUAGUCGACCGUAAUUCGUGUAAUAAACUCACUUUUUAGGGAAGCCCAAAAAGUUUUCGUGCAAUUAAGCACAGUAGCCUUGAGGUGCCACAUCACAAAAUAUGGAAUAUUUUAUACGGAGGAAAAUGAAGACUAUUGUUUUCCUGAAUGCACUGGCAACAGUUGUUUGGUGUGCCCCUUCGCUCUGCGACCCCGAAGACGAAUUUCUAGGUAUCUUUUGCAAAGAACCAGAACCAGAACCAGAACCAGAACAACCCAAGUGCAUGGACAUCAUGAUGAACUACUGCGACGACAUGUCCUACACCCACACCGUGUUCCCCAACAUCCUGGGCCACAGGACCCGCGAGGAGGCCGAGCUGGGCCCCGAGUACCUCCUCGUCAGUGUGGUCCACAACUUGCUCAAUGGAGAGUGCACCCCGGACAUCCGCAUGCUAGGCUGUUCAGUGCUGGUGCCUCGCUGCGAGAARGAGAAGGUGCUGAAGCCGUGCAGGAGUACGUGCGAGGCUGUGAGGAAGAACUGUUACCACGCCUUCGAGGGCAUCGAGAUGGCCUGGCCAUACUUCCUGGACUGUGACCGCUUCUUUGUCAGUGACCAGGAGGGCUGUUACGACCCACUGGAGGGCUUACGAGCGAAACAGGAAGGUAAUACCCCUGAGAAGCCUCAUACUGUCAUCCAGUUUAGCUAUCAGUCUAAUGCCCAGAUGAACAGCAUCCUGAAGAAGACUGCAGCACGAUGCUCCGAAAUCGCCAUGACCUACAGCAUUGGCCGCAGUGUGGAGGGCAAAGACCUGCUAGUGAUAGAGUUCUCAAACAACCCGGGAGUACAUGAAUUGCUUGAACCAGAGAUGAAGUACAUAGGAAACAUGCAUGGGAAUGAGGUGCUGGGUCGCCAGCUGUUGAUCUACCUGGCCCAGUACCUGUGUUCAGAGUACCUGCUGGGGAACCGGCGCAUCCAGACCCUGAUCAACACCACGCGUAUCCACAUCCUGCCCUCCAUGAACCCAGACGGUUACGAGCUAGCUUCCGCCGAGGUCCAGGACACCAUCGACUCUGAGAACGAGGAGGCUCAGAACUACAACAGCUGGACCCUAGGUCGAGGCAACGCCCAGAACAUUGACCUGAACAGGAACUUCCCUGACCUGACUACGAUCGUUUACAGCCGGCGCAGACACAGACGUUUCCGUAGCAACCACAUCCCAAUCCCAGAGGCUUACUGGUUUGGUAAGGUAGCUCCAGAGACAUACGCAGUCAUGAAGUGGAUCAGAUCCUUUCCCUUUGUGCUCUCAGCUAACUUCCAYGGAGGGGAGUUGUUGGUGUCCUAUCCCUACGACCUCUCCAAACACCCACUAGAGCAGAAGAUGUUCUCCCCCACGCCAGAUGAACAGGUAUUCAAGCAGAUAGCGAGAACAUAUGCAGAUGCCCAUGCCACCAUGUCAGAAGGAAACUCUGGAAGGUGUGAGAACUUUUGCAGCAUCGGCCAGGACGGCAUCAUAAAUGGAGCAAGGUGGUACAGCUUUGCAGGUGGUAUGCAGGACUUCAACUACCUCCACACUAACUGUUUUGAGGUGACGGUGGAGUUGGGCUGUGAUAAGUUCCCAGCUGAGGAGGAGUUAUACACUGGCUGGAAGGACAACAAAGAGGCUCUGCUCACAUUCAUGGAGUCGGUCCACCGUGGAAUAAAGGGAAUAGUAAAGGAUGCGGACGGGAAUGGAAUCAAAGGGGCAAGGAUAUCUGUCAGAGGAAUAAGGCAUGACAUCACCACAGCUGAAAACGGAGACUACUGGCGCUUGCUAACCGCUGGCAUCCACAUCCUGACUGCGUCUGCACCAGGCUACACCAGAGCCAUGAAAAAGAUCCACCUCCCGGCACGCAUGCAGAAAGCAGGCCGGGUGGACUUUGUCCUGCAGAAGGCUGUGGUGGAGCCUGACAUGGAGGAGGACUAUAGAAUCCCAUCCAUGGGGACCUAUGAGGACUUCGACCCCUACAACCAGUUUGAGCGCUACACCAUUAGCGAGCAGAACCAGAACGGAGASGAGGGGCAGGAGAAACCGUGGUGGUGGAGCUACUUUAGCCACGCCCAUGGCUCCGCCCCCACCUGGCUUCUCAGAAACUAGCUCAUCCCCUAAAUAUACAUAGAAUCCUCUAUGGCUCCCACUAUAGCCUCCUUUCUCAACUCUGGUCCCCGAUUACCAUCAAGGGUUGCACAUACCUCCUACAGGUCAAUACUAGCACACCUAAUUCAAUUAAUCAAGGGCUUGAUGAUUAGUUCAAUCACGUGUGCUUAUAUAAGGGUGGAACAAAAAUGUGCAACCCUGGGGGUACUCCAGGACACUGCCCUACAUGAUCAAAGACUGGUUACUAUUUAAGUUGAAUAUGAUUUACAUAAUGCUAUCAUACAAGUGUCACAUUUUAGUAUUACCAUUAUUAUCCAUUGCUGCAAACCUGUCGUAACUGAAGCAAAAUAUAAAAUAGCUAGUUGUUCAUGAUAGCAAUAUGUAAUCUUAAUAAGUCAUAGUUCAUGUAAAGUGUUUUCUCCAAAAGCUAGCCUCCAUUUUACAAACUUUUGUUAAACUGCUUCACUUUAUGACCAUAAUGCAACACAGGAAGGUUGAAAGGCUUCAACGAUUUGUCUCUCCACCCGCACAUAUUUGUACGUGUUUAUAAUAAAACAUUAUUAAAGAACAUUCAUUUGUUACUA